AUGGCGGAAACGACCAUCGUGCCCUUCUCGACCCUACCGGCCUGCGCGUCCUCCUGCGGCCCCCUCUACGAUGUCAACGGCGCCUGCGUGCCUCCAGCCGUAGCAACAGCCGACGCCACCGCCUACGAUGCCUGCUUCUGCUCAGACGCCCGGCUCGCAGCCUUUUCGACCACAACAGGAGGCGUGUGCGAUGCCGCCUGCACGGCAGACCCCUCGGGGUACGCCACGAUCACAAGCUGGUACCAGAGUUUGUGCGCGAAUGUAAAAGAAGUAGCCAGCUCGUCAUCGAGCAGCAGCAGCGGUAGCUCAGGUAGUUCCUCAUCAAGCUCAAGUUCAAGCGGCGGCGGUUCAUGGCUCGACGGCCACUGGCGCUGGGUAGUCUUCAUCAUCAUCAUGGUCGUCGGCAUCGCAGGCAUCUGGAUCGGCGCUGCCCUGUGGCGGCGGUCUUACCUGCGCAAGAAGGAUCGGCAGUACGCGCUGGGCAAGAACCUCGCGCAGCGGACGGGCUCGGGCCAGAACCCCUAUGGCGGCGCCCCCGGCGGCACGCCGACACGGUCGCAGGGUUCCAUGCACCCCACUCGCCCAGGCGUGUUCAUGCCCGCCACCAUCUCCGAGGCCAACGUCUACGAUCCUGAGAAGCCGCCCAAGACCAAGAAGAAGUGGCGAGUCACCGACAGGACGUGA